AUGGUGCCUCGUAAAUACCGGCGGGGGUUGUCCGCCGCUAAUACUGGUUCUUCGUUUCUGCAGUGGUGCACCAGCAGCUUUCUGCAGUCAGAUGGUGAGCAGAAAUGUAUUUUGGCAGCUUUUUGUUGGGCAAUAUGGGUUGCCCGAAACAAUCUUGUAUGGCAGGGAAAAGUUUUUAAUCCUAGUAAUGUAGUUGUGUUUGCAACAAAGUACCUUGAGCAAUGGAGGAAUGCUAGAAAAUCCAAUUUGGAUUCAUCAUGGUCUGAACUUCAGAUGGGUGAUGGGAAUGGGCAUUGGACACCCCCAACCGAAACUAGUCUCAAGGUUGAUGUAGAUGCGACUUUAUUUAAUGGAGGAAAUUCUUACGGUAUAGGAAUGGUGGCCCGAAAUCAUGACGGUGUGCUUAUUGAAGCCAGAACUGUGCUCUCUCACGGUGCAGUUGAUCCCCCCCUUGCCGAAGCCAUAGGUCUCAAGGAGGCCCUUAGUUGGAUCAAAGACAUGCAAUGGCAAAAUGUUUCUUUGGAGUCUGAUUGCCUUGUGGCGAUCCAGGCUAUUCGUAGCUCUUUAAAAAUGCAUUCUUUGUUUGGUUUAGUUAUUCGGGAUUGUAAGACUUUGUUUAACACUAUUGGUAUUAUUUCUGUUGUUUUUGUGAAACGAUCUGCUAAUGUAGUGGCCUAUAACUUUGCUAAGGCUGCUAUGUUAUUUCCUAAUCGUCGUUUCAGUUUGGAGGAUGUUCCAACUGAUUUGCUAUCUUGUUUGGUAGCUGAAGUUAUUGGUUAA